AUGAAAGCAUCUGUUAAUGUUGUUUCCCUCAUCGGCUUCCUGGGCUUGGUGAGUGGGCAACUUACCGUCAAGGUCGAUGUGGGCGUCACGCACCAGCGCAUCGACGGCUUCGGUAUCUCCCAGGCGUUUGGCAGAGCCAAGGAGUUCCAGAACGCCAAUACCCAGGCUCGCCAGCAAGCUCUUGACUAUCUAUUUAGCACCGAGAAUGGUGCUGGGUUCAGCAUCAUCAGGAAUAAGAUUGGUUCGGGCUCAACUGGUUCAGGCAACAUCGAGCCAAAUAACCCUGGGUCUCCCUCCAGUCCGCCCAAGUACGUCUGGGACAACGACGACGCCGGCCAGGUAUGGUUCACUAACCAGGCCGUCAAAUACGGUGUCAAGACUAUCUUCGCCGACGCUUGGGGUGCACCUGGCUUCAUGAAGACCAGCGGGGAUGACUCAAAACCUGGAUUCCUCUGCGGUUCUCCCGGGCACUCAUGUAGUUCAGGAGACUGGCGUCAAGCUUAUGCGAACUUCCUGGUUCAAUACGUUCAGUUCUACAAGUCCUCGGGCCUCCAGAUCAGCCACAUCGGCUUUCUGAACGAGCCGGAUUUCACGACCUCUUAUAGUCAGAUGCAAAUCAGCUCCAAUGCUGCGGAAGCCAUCGACUUCAUCCCAAUGCUCCACAAAGCCAUCCAGUCUGCAGGACUCGAUGUACAAAUCGUAUGCUGCGAUGCUACUGGGUGGAAGGUGCAGAGCAGCUACACCGAUGCCCUCGUCAAGGCCGGAUCAACCCAGAAUCUUGGAGUCAUCACCUCACACUCGUACAGCUCUGAUGCCACGACUCCUCUGUCAAUCACGUCUCUGCCAAAGUGGAACACGGAAGCGGGUGAUGGUAGCGAGCCCUUUAUCACGACCUGGUACAAGAGCGGUGCCAAGAACGAAGGCUUUUCGUGGGCGCAGAGGAUCGCCGUCGCCAUGGUGAACGCGGAGCUCUCUGCUUACCUCUACUGGGAGGGCUUUGAAGUCAAGCAGUCCCAAAGUGCCAGCCACUUGCUCGACGCGCUCGACGGUGUCAAGGUUACACCUUCUGGUAUCUACUAUGCAUUCGCCAUGUGGUCUCGCUACAUUCGACCCGGCGCUGUGCGAGUUGCAGCAUCUGGUUCUAUAUCCGACGUCAUCGUGGGCGCUUUCCGCAACCCUGAUAAGUCUCUUGUAGUUGUUAUCACCAACUCGGGAUCGAGCGGGCAGACCUCCAAGAUUACCUUCCAGGGUUACCAACCAGUAUCUGCCAAGGCCUAUGUUACAAGCAACAGCAUGUCUUUUGCCCCCACUGACGCUAAGAUUGACAGCAACACUGUCUCUGUCUCUGUCCCCAGUAAGGGUGUCGUCACUGUGAAGCUCGUUUAG